AUGGGUAGGAAAUUCGCCAAUAUCGCAGCUGAAAAGCCCUUCAAGAAUUCAGGUAACGAACCUAAGACUGGUAUUUUCGCUGAUAUCAAGAAUGAUUUGAUUGCUAUGGCUGGAGAAUUCAUUGGUACUAUCUUGUUCCUUCUCUUCGCCUUAGGAGCAGUCCAAACCGCAUCUACCAAUACCAGUUCGAAUUCAAACUCCAGCGCAGAUGAAGCGGCAGGUACAGCACCAUCAGGAAGUGAUAGUAACAAGCUCUUGACAUACUACUACGUCUCAGCAGCGUUUGGUCUCUCGCUCUUUGCUACAGCCUCGAUCUUCUACCGAUUCACAGGAAGUAUCUUCAACCCAUCUGUAUCUUUGGCUUUAUGCUUGAUCGGCGCGGUCAAACCUUUACGAUUCAUUCUCGUAUCACUAGCUCAGAUGGUAGGAGCUAUCGUAGCUUCAGCUAUCCUUGAUGGUCUUACCCCAGGAGCGCUGGCAGUCAACGUCAGCUUGUCAAAUGGUACCAACCGUACACAAGGAUUGUUCAUCGAGAUGUUCACUACUGCCACUUUAGUAUUGAGCGUAUUGAUGCUUGCUGCUGAAAAACACCUUCUCACCCCUUUCGCUCCACUCGGUUUUGGUUUCACAUUAUUCAUCGUUAUGCUUUUCUCUAUCGCUUUCACAGGAGGUGCAGUCAACACUGCGAGAGCUUUUGGUCCUGCUUGUAUCCAAGGGUUCCAAAACUAUCACUGGAUCUAUUGGCUCGGUCCUACUCUUGGUGCUUUGUUAGCUACAGCAUUUUACGUAUUCCUCAAAGAGGUCAAAUACUGGCGAAUCACUCCAGGACAAGAUUCCACAGAUAAUCACUCCUCACCUAAGGUCCACCCUGUUACGUCAAGAAUGUCUCGAAACAGGAACGAUUCAGGUUCGACUGCAAUCGAUAAUGGUAAUGGGAAUACUGAUGGACCAAGGGGACAUGAGGCCGUAUAA